UGGCUAAGUAAUUUAUUAUAAUCCUAAUUAAGUCUGAAAUCUGAUCAACUGUACACGCAUGCUAACGUGGAGGCUAAUCCUCUCUUAUUAGAAAAUUUACAUACUGUGUCUCGUGUAUAAAUUAUUGUAAUUAAGGGUCGAAUUAUUUAUUGAACAUGAUAAAUAAUUCUACCACGUGAUAUGGACAUGACAAACAGGAGGGAGUAUCAUUAAUAUGAGGUUCAAAUAGGCAAAAAUAAUUGCUUGAUGGCUGUAGAGGAUGGGAGUGGGUUGUCGAAAACACAUUGUCCUAUUAAGUAAAUAAUAAUUAGCAAGAUACGAUCAGAUGGCUAUCUCCACAGCACAAGCCAAGGCCAUCCCCAUAUGCAUACAUAUAUAUAUAUGUAUGUAUAUAUGUAUGAAUGGGAUGGAUAUACGUACCGUAAAGCAUAUUCCAUCUGAUCAGGCUCUUAUUGCAUCUUGUCAUUUGCCUAUAAAUGCAAGCCAUCACCCACCAAACAUGGCAUCCCAUUAAUUCCAUAGCUGGCUUGCUCUCAACUGCCUAGUUCAUAUAUAUAUAUAGAACACAAGGAAAUAACGGAGAAGUUGACAGAAAGGAAGAAACAUGAAAGGCAGGCAGUCAAGUUUCGUCUUCAUCAAGCUCCUCGUGAUACAAAGUGUGGCGGCUCUAAGCGUCGCCAGGGAUUUUGAUUUCUUCUAUUUCGUUCAACAGUGGCCGGCGUCCUACUGCGACACAAAGAGAAGCUGCUGCUAUCCGACGACCGGAAAGCCGGCGGAGGAUUUCAGCAUUCACGGGCUUUGGCCUAACUAUGACGACGGCACUUACCCUUCUAACUGCGACAGUGACAACCUUUUCGACCAGUCUGAGAUCUCAGAUCUGACGGAGAGACUGCAAAAGGAGUGGCCGACGCUGGCCUGUCCGAGCGGCGAUGGAUACAAGUUCUGGCAGCACGAAUGGGACAAGCACGGCACCUGCUCCGAGAAUGUCCUCAACCAACACAGCUACUUCCAGAAGGCUCUCGACCUCAAGUCCAAGGCCAAUCUUCUUGAAGCGCUCUCCAGAUCAGGUAUUCGACCCAAUGGGAAAUAUUACAGCCUAGAUAGCAUCAAAGAAGCCAUCCAAGGAGCUCUUAGGGUUUCGCCUUACAUCGAGUGCAACGUCGAUCCAUCAGGCAACCACCAGCUCUACCAGGUUUACCUCUGCGUGGACUCUUCCGCCACCGACUUCAUGGAAUGCCCGGUUAUGCCGCACGGACGCCGCUGCGGUUCCAAGAUCGAGUUCCCUUCCUUCUCAGAUUCCGAUUCCAUUGGAGAAGAUUACGUUGAAGAGCUUUGA